AUGGAGUUUCUCAUUGGAGCCAGGCAGGGAAGAGCCCGGGAGAAGGUCUCCCGGUUCUCGUGUAUUCUUUGUUUCGCCAGUACACUUGUUUUCCUCGUUCCACUUGGCUGUUAUGCCUUCAAGACGGACGUUGCAGCGUCUUCGCCUUCCUCCCCUUUCCAGGCAUCCAUCCGUGCCGAUUCUUCGUCUUCGUCUUUGGAAGAGUUGCCGGUGUCUGUACAGUCGACGCUGCCCUCUCCUUCCUCGGCUCCCGAGGGAGUGAACCGCGGUGUUGUGGAAAAAACCAGCUCUAGAAAAAUCGACUCUUCGCCUGCGGCCCGCGAAAGUGCCGCCUCCUCUUCCCCUCAUCCCUCGCUAUUUUUUUCUCUUUCCGUCCCGGCAUCUUCUCGGUCUGACUCUGGCGACACCACCUUCGCUGUUUCUGGCGAAAGGGGGGCAGCAGAUGAGGAGCCCCAAGAAGCGUCUAUGUCGUCCACUGCGGGCCCCAACUCGGACGUGGACCACGCACUCUUUGUCGUUCCAGGGAUAGCAGGAAGCGGCCUGUUUGCUACAGUAACGAAUGCCUCUUUUGAGGCAUGCGGCAAGUCGCCUAUUAAUUACGCUGUCCCUUUUCGUGUCUGGGCGUCGCUGAGUCUCCUUCUUCCCCCCGUUACUCACCAGAGGUGCUGGGUCGAGAUGAUGAAGAUGACGGUUGACGAAAACGGAGAGACAUACACCGCUCAAGAAGGUGUUCACGUCGAGGUCGACGGCUAUGGCGGAAUUCACGCGAUUGACUACCUGGACUACUACAUGAACAACACCUACGGCGUCCCUGCGAGCGCUUACAUGCAUGGAAUGCUUCGCACUCUUCUGUCACUCCAUUACGCCCAGUUCGUCACCCUCCGUGGGGUUCCCUACGACUGGCGCUUACCCCCGUGGCAACUGAACUAUGCGCAACUGAAGGCAGACAUCGAGGACCGCUACACGGAAUUGAACAACCGGAAAGUUGACUUGAUAGCCCACAGCUUAGGGAGCAUCAUUCUCUGUUACUUCUUGAACCGCGUCGUGGACCAAGCGUGGAAAGACAAAUACAUUGGCUCCAUGACUCUGGUUGCGGCUGCGACAGGAGGCAGUUUCAAGGCCGUAAAAUCUCUGCUCUCGGGGUACGACGACGGAACGGAUAUCGACAUUUGGAACGUGAUCGACUUCAGCCUCUUCCCUGCAGUUCUCUUGAGAGACUUGCUGCAAACGAUGGGCUCGAUCUACGCGCUUCUUCCGGAUCCCGCGGUAUACGGCCGUGAUCACGUUGUGGUCCGUGUCGCUCGUCCGCCGACGCGCGUGCCUGCUCUUUCGUCCGCGGCCGCUAGUCCUUCCCAGUCACCUGCGGGAAGGACUGCAGGCGGGGCUAGCCACGUGGCCGAGAGAGCGAAGGAUCCGAUUUCCAAUCUGAGCGCGUCUUCUGGCGAGAUGCGGAGACGCCUAGACGCCGUAGUGACUGAUGAGGCAGCGGGGCAAGGUAGCCGAGCCCGAGAUCGCGAGAGUGAACAGUCUUUCUCGCGCGUUUCAGAUCUCGCGAGAGAUAGUCUGGAUGUCGAGAAAGAGCUGGCGGAAGGAGAAACAAACACGAGGGUCGACCGGUCGCCUGUGGCGGACUCCGUCGGUGAACACAUGGAAGAGGAAGCACUCGCAAAAGCCGAGGAACGCCGAGAAGCACUUUUGCGGGAGUUUCAGCUGCAAAACCGCCUUUCUCACGAAGACCGGGCAGCGCGACAGAGAGAGCGUUACAGCCUGUUUGUAGAGAAGGAAAAACGCCGUCUGGAUGAGGCGCUGCGUGUGGCCAAGGAAGAGGGCCUGGAGGAGGAUGUCUAUACACUCUCCAACUGGACUUCGCUUCUCCCUGCGGAUUUGCAAAGACGAGUCAAAACCGCUCAAGACAUGAUGGCAGGCGUCGUCGCUGAUCCCGGGGUUCCCGUCCGCUGCAUUUGGAGCAAGUUUACUCAGCCCACGACGGAUGUCGCGUACUACUACGCCAGUGGCUCUUUCGACAGCCAUCCGAUACCGAUUUUCGAUUACGGAGACAAUACGGUCCCGCUUCCUUCUCUCUCUCUCUGCGCUUCGUGGCGCUCCACCGUGCAAGUUAAAGCCUUCGACAAUUUGGAUCAUAUGUUCCUCUUUGCAGAUCGUGGGUUCAACAGUUAUAUCUAUGAUCUUUUCACUCCUAAUCCACAGCAGUCCGCGACAGCUCUUUCUACUGACGAGGGUAAAGCGACGAAACACGACGGUUUCCCCGCCGCCCAGGAGUCCCGUCGUGGAACUGUUGCCGCUACGGAGGACAGAGCGUAG